AUGGACUGGAAUCCCUCAGCUAUACAGGUUGGCCUCUUGGCUACCAGCUCGGCCCUGACUGCUGUCUUCUACAAUGUCUACAGGAACAAAGCAGCAACAGUGACCAAAUUAAAGGAAGCCAAUAAAGUUUCAAUUGACCAGGAUUUGAAAAUGAUCCUUUCUGAAACACCUGGAAGAUGUUUCCCUUACGCUGUCAUCGAAGGUGUGGUGAGGUCUGUGAAGGAAACUCUGAACAGCCAAUUUCUUGACAACUGCAAAGGUGUCAUUGAGCGACUGACUUUAAAGGAGGAGAAAAUGGUGUGGAAUCGCACAACUCAUCUUUGGAACAACACUCAAAAAGUCAUCCACCAGCGCACCAACACAGUUCCAUUUGUACUCGGCCCCCACGAUGAGGACAUUGCCGCCACCGUACGCAUCAUGCGCCCGCUAGACGCUGCGGAGUUGAACUUGGAAACCACAUAUGAGAACUUUCACCCUGCAGUGCAAUCACUGUCCAGUGCUAUUGGCAAUUUCAUCAGCGGCGAGCGACCCAAAGGCAUUCACGAAACGGAGGAGAUGCUACGAGUAGGGGACAGCGUCACGGGGGUAGGGGAGCUAGUUCUGGACAAUAACGUCAUAAAGCUGCAACCCCCGAAGCAAGGCUUCUGUUAUUUUCUCACUCGGCUGGACUACGACGCUCUCCUGAGAAAGCAGGAGAGAGAUGUCAAGCUGUGGAGGAUUCUGACUGUACUCUUCGGCAUCGCUGCCUGUUCUACCGUCUUCUACAUUCUGUGGAAGCAGUAUGCGUGCCACAGACAGAGGAAGCGUGUCAGGCGCAUGAUUCAAGAGUUUGAGGAACAAGAGAGGAAAAGUAAAGGUGAUCAAAAUUUGGAGGACAGCAGUGUGCAAGCUAGCAGAUGCACAGUGUGUUUGUACAAAGAGCGCUCUUGUGUCUUUCUGGAGUGUGGUCAUGUGUGCACGUGCACGAGAUGCUACGAGGCUCUGCCAGAGCCAAAGAAAUGUCCCAUUUGCAGGGCAACUAUAGACAGAAUGGUGCUCAUAUACAAUAUUUAA